GCACUAGAAAUACAGAGUUUAGUUUUUUGACUUUACUCUGCAGCUAGUGGCUUGAGGGUGUCUUGUUCCUGCAGCGUGCACAGACCAGCACCAGCGCUAUAUUUUGUGAAGUUUCUCUGUAAUCUACCUACAUCAUAAUCACAGCGGAAACAAUGGCUCCAAAGGGCACAGUGAAGCCGUACCCCCAGUUUAAUGCCAGUGAAGAUGCAAACACCCUUCGCACAGCAAUGAAAGGACUGGGCACGGAUGAAGAUGCCAUCCUAACGCUCCUGACAGCCAGGGCCAACGAUCAGCGACAGAAAAUAGCAGCGCAAUACAAGACCUUAUUUGGAAAGGAUCUGGUUGAUGACUUGAAGUCUGAACUUGGUGGGAAGUUUGAAAGGGUGAUCGUUGGUUUAAUGAUGCCUCCAGUCCUGUAUGAUGUCCAUGAACUGAGGCACGCUUUAAAGGGGGCUGGAACCGAUGAAAAGGUUUUGGUAGAAAUCCUGGCUUCCAGGACUUGCAGCCAGAUUAAAGAAGUGAUCGCAGUUUACAAACAAGAGUACGAUGCAGACCUAGAAGAAGCUGUUGCUGGGGACACCAGCGGGCAUUUCCAGAGAAUGUUGGUCGUCCUGCUGCAGGCAAGCAGGCAGAAAGGUGUCGAUGAAAGCAGCAUUCAUCAGGAUGCACAGGACCUCUUUGCUGCUGGGGAACAAAAAUGGGGCACUGAUGAAGAAAAAUUCAUCACUAUCCUGGGGAACCGAAGUGCUGAACACCUAAGAAGAGUUUUUAAUGAGUACAUGAAAAUAUCUGGGUAUGAGAUUGAAGAAAGCAUUGAAAAAGAAACUUCAGGGAGCACAAAGGAUCUGUUUUUGGCUGUUGUUAAAUGUGCCAGAAGUGUUCCCGCUUAUUUUGCUGAAAGUCUCUACUAUGCAAUGAAGGGAGGUGGCACCGAUGACAAUACUUUGAUCAGGAUCAUGGUUUCCAGAAGUGAAGUAGACAUGCUGGAGAUCCGGGAUAAUUUCCGAAGAUUGUUUGCAACGUCUCUUUACUCCAUGAUAAAGAGUGAUGUAGCUGGUGACUAUAGGAAAUCCCUUCUUCAUCUCUGUGGAGAUGAUGAUGAAUAAUGUUACUGAAUGAAGAAACACACUGCAUUUAGUGGAUGACCAGAGUGUAGUAAUAUACAUGGUUUAUUGAAUUAUGUUUGUUACUGUUAUCCUAUUGCCCCAUUGGUUUCAUGUUUAAAUUGAAUCUCACUUGGAAUAAGUCUCUCCAUGGAUGUUUUGAAACACUUAUUAAAAGACUAUAUGAUGUCUGAAGUUCAGUAAUUUAAAUUAUUUUUAGUAGGAUGUAUCUAUUUAAUAUACAGAAAAAAUCCCAAACAAGCUUCCCAUGUAAACAUUCUUGUCAUGUAGCAUCAUGACACAUACCUGGGGAUUCCCAUGUAAACAUUCUUGUCAUGUAGCAUCAUGACACAUACCUGGGGAUUCCCAUGUAAACAUUCUUGUCACGUAGCAUCAUGACACAUACCUGGGGAUUCCCAUGUAAACAUUCUUGUCACGUAGCCUUAUUAAAGAGCAUUCCUCUUAAGUGCUAAAUGUAAUGUUGUCUUCUGUUGUACUAAUAAAACAAAAAACAAA